GCUGUAGCUGCUGAAGCCGUGUAGCAUCAGUAGCACGAAGCUAACAGACAGACAGAGAGACAGACAGGUCUUCAGCCGUUCGACUGAGCAGUGUCGGGAUCAGCAGGUUCUACAUCUUCCUCCUGUUUGCUGCUGAAGGAGAACAUGGAUCCAUAACCCCCCAUCCUCCCCUCCUCCUCCUCCUCCUCCUCCUCCUCAUCCUCAGAAUGCCCAGUGUGUGAUGCGGCGGCUGCGUUGUGGUAGCCAGGAGUCGUUGCUAAGCACCGGCUGUGUGUCAUCUCUGGAGCUCAGGAUGGACCAGUCAGUGAUCAUCAAACCAGUUCACUCCUCCCUGCUGGGACAGGACUACUGCUUCGAGGUAACCACCUCGACAGGCACCAAGUGUUUUUCGUGUCGCUCGGCAGCAGAGAGAGAUAAAUGGAUGGAGAACCUCCGACGAGCAGUUCACCCCAACAAAGACAACAGCAGGCGGCUGGAGAAUGUCCUGACAGUGUGGGUCAUCGAGGCCAAAGACCUGCCUGCCAAGAAGAGGUACUUCUGCGAGCUGUGUCUGGACGACAGUCUUUACGCUCGGACGUCUUGUAAACUGAAGACUGACAACAUAUUCUGGGGGGAACGUUUCGACUUCAGCAGUCUGCCCUCCAUCAGUGCCGUCACCCUCCACCUCUACAAAGACACAGACAGGAAGAGGAAGAAGGACAAGAGCAGCUAUGUCGGGUUGGUCAACAUCCCUGUUGCUAUGGUGACCAGUAGACAGCUGGUGGAGAAGUGGUACUCAGUGAGCACGCCAAGUACAAGUCGGGGGAAGUCGUCUGUGCCGACCGUGCGGAUCAAGGCUCGGUACCAGAGCAUCGUCAUCCUGCCCAUGGAGCAGUACAAAGAGUUUGCCGAGUACAUCAGCUCCAACUACCUGCUGCUCUGCAACACGCUGGAGGCCACCAUCAGCCUGAGAGCCAAGGAGGAGCUGGCUGCUGCGCUGGUCCACAUCCUGCACAGCACCGGGAAGGCAAAGGACUUCCUGACAGACCUGAUGAUGUCUGAGGUGGAUCGUUGCCGUGACAACGACCAGCUGAUCUUCAGAGAGAACACGUUGGCUACAAAAAGCAUUGAGGAAUACCUGAAGCUGAUUGGACAGAAGUAUCUGCAGGAUGCCCUGGGUGAGUUCAUUAAAGCUCUGUACGAGUCUGAUGAGAACUGUGAGGUCGAUCCUUCUCGCUGUUCAACCUCUGACCUUGCGGAGCAUCAGGCCAACCUGAGGAUGUGCUGUGAACUCGCCUUCUGCAAGAUCCUUGACUCGUACAGGGUCUUCCCCCGGGAGCUGAAGGAGGUGUUCGCAUCAUGGCGACAGGAGUGCAGUAACCGAGGACGACCAGACAUCAGCGAGCGUCUCAUCAGCGCCUCGUUGUUCCUGCGCUUCCUGUGUCCAGCUGUGAUGUCACCAUCGCUGUUCGACCUGAUGCAGGAAUAUCCUGACGAGCGCACAGCGAGGACAUUAACCCUUAUCGCCAAAGUCAUCCAGAACCUCGCCAACUUCAGCAAGUUCGGCACUAAAGAGGAGUACAUGCUGUUCAUGAACGACUUUGUGGAGCGGCAGUGGAGCAGCAUGCAGCGGUUCCUGCAGGAGAUCUCAAACCCGGACGGAUUGAACCACACCGCCGGCUUCGACGGAUACAUCGACCUGGGCAGAGAGCUGUCCAGUCUGCACACCUUGCUGACCGAGCUCGACCAGUCGUCUCUGUUGAAGCUAGGUCCUCUUCCUCGGAUCCUCAGAGAAGUGUCUGCAGCUUUGGCUAACCCCGGGGGUGUGGCUAAUCCUGGGGGCAUGUCUGUUUCCACUCCAGAGCCUCAGCGAGUGGUGUCUCCGCCCCCACUUUCCCCUCCCCCUCUGUCUCCACCCCUCUCCCCCCCCCUGGCCACCUGCCUGCAGGGCUCUCCAGCUCCCAGCUCUUCCUACUCAGAGCCCAAUGAGAACGAGGCAGGGUUUGAAAUUAUCAAUGGGGGCAGGAGGGAGGGGCCAGAGUUGACCAAUGAGAACCGCAGUCUGUCUCUGGUCGAUCUGCAGGACUGCUCCCCUAGCGACGGCCUAGACGACAGCCAAUGGCAGCGCAGAACGGGGCUCCUCCCCCUCUCCUUCCAGAACCCGGUGUAUCACAUGACCACCACGUCUCCUCGGCAACCACAGCAGCAGACGGACACCACGCCCUCAGACGGCUCAGUGGGAUCGCAGGGAAACGCAGAUGACAGGAUUGCCAUGGCAACCAAACCGGCGUUUCUUACCCAGAUGUCUGUGGGGCUGGGAGGAGGGGAGAGGACGUCGGCCAUGUCAAGCAGCAGCAGUGGAGAAGAAUACUCGAGACGAGCUCUGUCUCUGACUGAGACUCUGACAGGUAGCUCUGUCCCCUCUCGUCAGACCUCCUCAGGUCCUCAGAGACGCAUUGAUCAGCCCCCUCCCCCCAACUCUGCUCCCCCGGGACCUCCUCGAGGCCGGACACCUCCCAGCAUGCUUGGCGGCGGCAGCAGCGGGGGCACGGCCUACCCUCCCCGCCCUGCCUCUGGCAGCAUGAUGUCAUCGAGCCCCGAUUGGCCGAGCAGUGGCCAGUCGCGGCUCAGACAGACGUCAUCGUCAUCUAAAGGAGACAGCCCCGAGAAACAACGGCCUGCUGCCAAGGCUCCCUCUCCCUGUGCAUUGGAUCGUACUGCAGCCUGGCUGCUCAACAUGAACUCCGCCUCCUCCUAUGGCGAGACGGAGGACGAUCGCCAUGACGACCCCCUCAUCGAGAAGUACCAGCAGGAGAUUGCGUUGCUGCAGGAGAAGCUGCGAGUGUCGUCUCUGCGUCAGGAGGAGUGUGAAGCUCGUCUGAUGGUUCAGGAUCAACAAAACCAACGAAUGCUGCAGGAGUACCAGGCUCGGCUGGAGGACACAGAGAGCAGACUGAGGAGACUGCAGGACGACAAAGACCUGCAGAUGAACAGCAUCAUCAGCAGGUUGAUGGCGGUGGAGGAGGAGCUGAAGAAGGAUCACUCUGACAUGCAGGCUGUGGUCGACUCCAAACAAAAGAUCAUAGAGGCACAGGAGAAGAGGAUAGCGAGUCUUGAUGCAGCGAACACUCGCCUGAUGGCGGCUCUGACACAACUGAAGGAGAGGUAUGCUGUGACAUCACAGAGGAACGGCCUGUCUCCUAGCAACACAUCGUCUCUGCAGAUCACCGAGAACGGAGAGUUCCGCAACUCUGGCAACUGCUAGGCAACCUGCUGCUGAGCUCUGAUUGGCCGUGACUCAUUGAGCGGUAGGGGCUGAACUGCUGGCAGCAAGAUGAAGUCAUCGACCAGGCUUUUUAAAAAAUCAACCAAUCACAGCCGUCGUAGUUUCCAUAGACCUGUCAAUCAACCCUCCUACAGCCACGGAUCUGACCUCUGACCAGACUCCGCCCAUGUUGCUAGGUUACCCCUCAGUUCCUGUUUUGUUUUGCAUGUUUUCUCUUUGAACAUCUUCCGAUGUCUGACAUCAUAUCCUGUUUCCUUUUGAUACUUCCUGUUAAGAGCUGGAAACUUCCACCAACCAAACUGAACACAUCAUCUGGAACAACCCCACCUGUGUAAGGCUCUGGUCCAAUCACACUGACUCUUUCCAUGUAUGGCUUCAGUCCUACUGGACCAACUUUGGCUGUAUAUGGCUCUUGUCUAAUUGGACUACACUCAUCCAUAUAUGGCUCUGUUUUAAUCUGAUUAACUGGAGCAACUCCAGCUGUAUAUGGCUCUGGUGUGACUAAACUCAGAACUGUUUAUCUGUUUUUAGGUUCUUUAUCUUCAGAUUGUGAUUUAAAGGAGCAGUCCAACAGUCAGAUCAGCUUCAUGUCUGUACAGAGACAGAUUAGCCUAGCUUAGCACAAAGACUGGAAGCAGAGGGAAACUGUUGAACUGUAGUCGACCCUCCAGACAGUUAGAGGUUAGUUUGUGUUGUUUCAGAGAAUUCUACUGAUUUUAGUGUAAAAAUCAGAUUUUAUUGUAAAACAGUAAAAACUCUUUAAAUUGUGAUGAAUAGUUUGUGAACACACACACACAUAUCUGCUGUCCUGUAUAAACUCUGCUGUUCUCUACUGGACUCUAAGGUUCUUUGCUGGACUCUGUUAUACUGUAUUCAUGAGAAAUGUUUUGUUUGUUUCCUCUUGUUGUUAUUUAUCAACAUCAGUAUUUAUA